CUUUCACUUGACUCUAUGGCUGGUACGAAACGCGCUUCAGAAGAAGGCACAGGCCCACGCAAGCGUGCCAGAUCUAAUACCGACUUUACCGACGCAAAAGAGCUUGUCGAGGCCGUGCUUGACGGCGAUGCCUCUGACGGUCUUGGCGCCGCUGACGCUCUUAAAGUGGCGAAAUAUGUUCGAUGGUUGGAAAGCGCUGUUGAACAGAGCAAGCCAGAGGAGCAGAGUCCUGCUGAAGUUGCUGGACGGGCGGAAAAGCUACAGAGUGCUUGUGUGUCGGGGAUCAAGAAACAGAUGUCGUGGAAGCCCUCUUGCAAGACCGGCACCGCCAAGUGGUCGUAUGAUGGCGUAUGUCCAGAUGCCGCUGUUUUUGCUGCACUGCUCGGUCUUUCUGCCCCACCCAAAUGGAAAAUGCACAAAUACACCGUCGCGGAAUUUGAAGAUAUUAUCGGCAGAAUCAAGGCCUCCGCUCGCUACAGCUCACUCUACCUUCGAGGCUCCGUUAACGUACGCUACCAGCCGGACGAAGGGACCUUCAAGAUGAGCGGCUCAUAUGGAUGCUAA